UACCGGCGCUCCGCUGGCUCGAUCCCUCGACGCUAGGGCUAGGGCACCAAGGGCAGCUGGCGGCAGGUGCGACCGCGCGGCGAGCGAGGGAGCACCGUGGCGGGGCAGCAGUGUCCCGCGUCCACCGUCUGGGGUCGAGCUCGAGCGCCAGGCGCAGCCACGGCCACAUGGUGAUUCGGUUGAAGAAUGCUUCUUUGAGAUUUUUGCGAGACGUCGUCUGCCGGGUGUCGUCCCAAGUUCUUCCGGCUGGGUAUUCAGAAGAUGUUCACCCUUUGAUUCGGAGGUUUUGCUUGGCGCGUACUGGAAGACACACCAACAUCAAAGUUGAUGACAAGUUCUCAUAUCAGGGUGCAGCUGAUCUGCCCCGUGGCAACUCUGAUCAUGAUGGUGAGCCCAGUCAUGACAUCCAUGCAAUGAGGAAAGAAUUCAGGAAACAUGGACACAAGAAACGGCAUGGAACAAAAGCUAAUAAUUCAGUGCCUAGGGUUUCUCAGAAGGGUUGCUAUCAUGUAAAGAAAUUGCCAGGCAGAGCCUUCCAACCUUACAUUUUCCAGAUCGUAUUGGACACUCCUAGGAAUGUUCUUAGAACCGUGCUUGAUAAAUGGAUGGAAGACGGUAACCAUCUGGAAAGAAAUGAAGUCCUGCUGGUUUUGUUCCAUCUCAGGAAGCAGCUGCUGUACAACAAGGCUUUGCAGUUCAUGGAGUGGAUUGAAAGAAGAAAACUACUAAAUUUUGAAGAACGUGAUUAUGCUUGUCAUCUUGAUUUGAUAGCACGGAACCAUGGUAUUGAAGCUGCUCAAAAAUACAUCGAGAGGGUCCCAAAACCCUUCAGGAAUGAGGUGCUCUAUGAAACUCUACUUGUUAACUGUGUGUGUCUGACUGAUAUCCAGAAGGCAGAACAAGUCUUCAAGGAAAUAAGGGACCUCUUUUUACCUUUAACUAUCUCUGUUUGCAACCAAAUGAUAUUGCUGUACAAGAGGGUUGCUCGCAAUAAGGUAGUUGACAUUCUUAUGUUGAUGGAAAAGGAAAAUAUAAAGCCUUCCCCCUUUACAUACAGGCUCCUAAUUAACUUGAAAGGGCAGUCAAAUGACAUAUCAGGCAUGGAGUUGGUCUUAAAUAUGAUGAAGGACAAUGGUGUUGAGCCAGAUUUUGCCACACAAACAAUGGUUGCUAAAUUCUACAUAUCAGGUGGGCUCACAGAGAAAGCAGAGGAGGUCAUCAGAGCUAUGGAAGUAUAUAUAAAAGAUAAACGUCAUGCCAUCAGAUCUCUUCUUGACCUUUAUGCUGUUCUUGGCAGGCCAGAUGAUGUAGCAAGAAUAUGGAAGUUGUGCACCGAACCAAAGUUGGAAGACUUCUUGGCUGCGAUUGAGGCAUGGGGUAAACUUGGACGUAUUGAACAGGUGGAAGAGACCUUCGAAGCGCUGCUAAAGACAUCACCUAAGCUCACUUCCAAGUACUAUAAUGCCAUGCUGAAGGUGUAUGCAGGAAAUGAACUCCUGGCCAAGGGCAAAGAGUUUUUAGAGAGGAUGUGUUUCAGUGGGUGCCCAAACGGCCCUCUAACCUGGGAUGCACUUGUUAAGCUUUAUGUGAAUUCAGGUGAGUUGGAGAAAGCCAACUCAUUUUUAUUGAAUGUGACAGAAGAAAAUCCUGACAGAAAUCCCCUUUUCGGUUCAUACAUAAUUUUACUGAAGGCAUAUGCAGAAAAGGGUGAUGUCCGUAAUGCUGAGAUGAUAUUUGAUAGGCUGAAGAAGAUCAGGUACCCAGGAAGGACACCGCCUUAUGGUUUCUUACUUGAAGCUUAUGUCAAUGCCGAGGUUACACCCCACGGAUUCCGAGAGAGGAUGAGAGCUGACAAUGUGUGCCCGAGCAAGCCAGUGAUAGAACAAUUGAAGCGUCUCGACAACUUGCAGAAAGGAGCAGAAACGAUAGAGUGAAUUUUCUUUCUUUCAUCCUUCUGUGGAGGACCACAUCAACACUUCUUGAGAAGUUCCGCGCAAAGGAGGUGACUUGGAGCGGUUAGACUGUAGAAUAGAAAAAUUCACCAGGCUGCUGUUUGCUUUCUGACAUGAAUUAUUUGUUCCUGGUAUGCAUAGUUACCGGAUAAUAAAAGUUUUAGGCGAGCUGCUAAUACGAAUUGGACACUUCUCCUGAUGAUAUUUCUGUUCAGAUUCAUAAUUGGUAAUAAAGGGAAAUGAAAACAGAUAUUUUUCA